CGCUGAACACAACAUUAGUUUCCGGGUUAUAUCAUCUUUUGCUGGUGCUUCAUGGCGCUAUGACAUUGUGCAAAGAGCCGUCUGCUGCCCCUAUCUUAUGUGUAUUAGUUGAAACAGUGUGAAAGCAGAGGUAAAUCUAACAUCACAGACAUGGCGAACCCGGGCCCAGGCUACACAGAUGAGCGGCAGCGAAGAGCAGCCCCGGGUGCUGUUGGGAUGGAUUACAUCCCCACAGAGGAAGAGAGGAAGGUGUUUAGAGAGUGCAACCAGGAGAGCUUCUGGUACAGGUCCGUGCCUUUCUCUGUGGUCAGCAUGGCCAUCACUCAAGCCCUUGUUGCAAGAGGAUCUUUGUCUGCGUCACCAAGGUUUGGGUCUCUUCCAAAAGUUGUCUUUGCUGGUUUCUGUGGCUACUUGGCUGGAAAAAUGUCUUACAUGAAAACUUGCCAAGAAAAAUUUAAAAGACUGGAAAAUUCACCCUUGGGUGAGGCACUACGACAGCGAGCAGGACAAACUGUGCAAUAUUCAAAAGGCCCUCAGUCCGAGAUGGGUGACACUUCAAUGAUUCCAUCAGAAAAUAUGUUCCAGUCAGACUCCCAAAGUCAGAUCCCUGCUCCGAACAGAGACUAUGGAUAUGGGUACAGCCCAGAGCCACCCAUGCUCGAGAAGCAAGAAGACGACCUGAGUGUGUCAGAUCAGUCAUAUUUGGACGAAGAAGAGCCCAGACAGAAACCCAUCUUGUAUGAGGAUUUAAGACUUAAAAAUCGAGAGAACUAUGAAGUCACACUAACUCAGAAAGCAGAGACCCUCUUGAAACCAACGCCACAAAGGGAGUCAGAAAGGCCUAAAACAGAAGCCAAGAAGAACAUUUAUGGAGAUACAUGGGAAGAAUGAAUAUGUUUUGGUGUGAAUAUUGGCAUCACUGUUUCAAAUGAGAAAGUUGAGGUUGUGAUCUCUUAUUAUUAUGUAUCAACCAAUGUUUUGUUUUUGUUUGUUGUAUUUGUCUUAACAAACAAUCCAAUUAAACUGCUAUGAUAAACCUGUAA